AUGCAAUCAUCGCCGGAUCCCCCGGCCUCUCCUUCUAAUCACAAUCAGACGGCAAAUCUUCUGCUAGACUUUACCCAGCAAUUUAACGCAAUAACUUCGCGUCCACCGAUGCCGACAACACCCCUACACCGCCGCACAAAGUCCGCGUCCCCAACCAAGGGUGGGAAAGCGUCGCCGUCGAAAUUUGCGCUUCCUCCAGCAACUCCCACCGAAAAGAAGUUCUUCAACCUUCUUGACUUUUCGCCCGGGGCAUUGGCCUCCCCUCGCUCAGUACCUUCGAUCACGCUCCGUGAGGUUGAUCAGUUGAAGGCCUCCUUUGCCAGUCAGUUGUCGCAGUUGCGUGCAGAGUUGAAUGGCCGGGAGGCCGAAAUAAUUGGACUGAGAGAUGCGCUCAGACAAUCAGAGGUGCGAUAUGCAGAUGCGAACAACGGCAUGAAGCAGCAGGAAGGCGAAUUUGAAGAGGAACGGAACAACUGGCAAAAUGCGAAGAUAGAGCUAAGACAGCUGUUCGAAGCCGAGAGGGUAGAAAAAGAAACCCUCGUCCGCGAAAUGGAGAAGAGAGAAGACGAACUGAGAAUGCUGCGAGAGAGGGCGGAAGAUGCCCUGAAGGAGCUCGCUGAUGCAAAGCACAGAGUCACUUACGCCGAAGACGAGGCCGUCAGGGCCAAGAAGGAGGCCGAAACCGCCUGGAAGCAUGCCGAAAAGACCCAGCCCUCCAGUUCCGCCACACCGUCAUCCCCGGACUCCACCAACGUCCAGACAGAAGUUGAAAAGGUCGCCCGCGAAUUGCACUCCCUUUACAAAGCCAAGCACGAAACUAAAGUCACCGCUUUGAAGAAAAGCUACGAGGCAAGAUGGGAGAAGAAAGUUAUCGCCCUCCAAACUGAGCUAGACACGCAGAAGAGGCGCUGCGGAGAGCUAGAAGCCCAAAUCCAGAAGAAGAAUGAGGAAGAGGUGGCCGUCGACAUCAAGUACUCCGCUUCCAACGCCGGGGAGCUCGCAGCACUACGUGGUGAGGUCAAGAGACUUGGAGAUGAGCUCAAAGCCGAGAGACGCGAGAAAGGGGAAUUAGUCGGUGCUGUCGAGGAACUCCUAUCUAUCCAAGCGAGCUCUAGCGUUGCGGGAGGGGGGGGAUUAGCGGAAGAGCGGGAGAAGGUUAGUAGGAGAGUUGCUAGAGUUAGUGGGGUAGGCUUUGGUGGGAGCAUCGGCAGUAACAGCGGAUUGAAAAGUGAAAUUGAGAGGAUGGGUGGUGGUGCUAGGAAGUAAGCCGGCAGGCAGGCGUAUUUAUACCUUAUGAGAUCCAAUGAGAAAUGAUAUCGGUUGGGAUAUUUGGGCAUUCAAAAUC